AUGAUAUAUAUCCGAUAUAUACCAAGAAAAGUUCGGUAUGCUUCAGAUAAAAAUGAGUAAAAAGAAAAAACAGUCAAAUCAAAAAGAGAAAAUACGCUUCAAGAACAAAAAUUCUGAAACGAUUGUUCGUUGUGAAGAAUUAUAAAAGAAAAGUUAUCAAAAUUUUAACUUUAAGUUUUCAAUGUUUUCUAUGCAUUUUUAUCAGAUCAACCGAGAAAAGUUUGAUAUGAUUCAGUUUAAAAGGAGUUAAAACAAAGUCAAGUGAUGUGACAAAAGUGAAUCACUAAAAUAAGAUAGAAACGAAAUUUUUCUCUUCGAUUUGGAAAUCAACUUAUUAACAAAUUCAUCAUCUUAAAUACUGAAUUUCGAGAUGUUUGUUCGAAGAAUUGUGAAUGAAAGGAUGAAUUAUUAAAAUUUAGAUUCUGCUUGAUUUUCCAAUACUUUCUUUGAAAUUCUAUCAGAUCUACCAAGAAAAGUUUGAUGUGAUUUAGUUAAAAAAUGAGUAAAGAAAAAGUCAAGUGAUGUGAAUAUGAGAGAAAAAGGAAAAAGGAUUUUUUUUCUUCAAGUUGCAAAUCAACUUAUAAGCAAAUUUUUCAUGAAAACGAAAAACUUAGUAACAAAUUUGUUCAUUUUAAAUAUUCAACAAUGAAUGGAUUGUGAAAGGAUGAAUAUUUAAAUGGAAACGUAAUUUUUCAAUACCAGCUCGAUAUGCUUGUCAAUUGAUUUGACGAAGGUGAGACGUAAAAAUAAUGAGGAAAGUUGAAAAAAGUUGGAGAACAACUUAUUAAAAGUGCAUUAUACUAUCUAUAUCUUUAUUAUGGAAUGCUUUUUCUAAUGAUAUAGAAAUUCUUAAUUCAAAUUUGAAUUUGAAAACAUUUUUCUAAUAAUUAUACUAUCUAUAUCUUUAUUAUGGAAUGAUUUUUCUAAUGAUAUAGAAAUUCUUUAUUCAAAUUUUGAUGUGAAUCUUUCAGACAAUAUUAAUUAUUGAACUUGCGAGUUUUGUUAAAGCAAAGUAUGAACAAAUUAUAAUUGACAGUUUGCUGCAAAGGCAAAUAGAAAAGUAAGUUACCCGAUGUGGAAGAAGAUAAAGCAAUAUAAAGCUCAAUACUUGAAAACUUGAGAAGGAGGAAAGAAGAAGAGAUGAUAUAGAAUUUGUUGAAUUUGAAGUGAGGUGAUUCACAACAUAAUUGGGGUGUCUUUGGCAACUGAAAUCGCCUUCUCGACUGCGUGUGCAAAAAAUGUAUAUUUAUUGACUUGUGCGAAUACAAUUUUAACCAAAAUAAAUGCAGUAGUAUUUCAAAAAGCGUGGAGAGGAAGAAGAACAAAGAGAGUGAAAGCUGGGGUUAAAUUGAAUGAGAGUGUGAAAGUGUGUGCAUGUGUGUGUGUGUGUAGAGGAGCUCACAUCGAUCGUUGUUGUUAGAGUAGUGUAUGGAUCUAUUUGUCAAAUCAAUUCGAUAUUUUUUCUGCAAUUAAUUUUCUAAUAGUUUCGUGUGAAUUUUGUUCAAUUUGUUUUAUGGAAGAGCGUGCCUGUGAUACGAUGUGAGCUGCCUGUGAGAGGGAGAGGGGUUGGGGUUGGGGCAGGGAGGGGAAGGUACAAUAAUUAAAAGAAAAGAAAAGAAAAUGUGUAGAACUUUAGUUAAAUACAAUUAAAAACAAUUUAUGUUCAUUGAAACAUGCAAUGCAAUCUACUUGGUAAUUAGUUUUGUUUUAUUUUUGAUUUGAUUCAAAUUGUGCGAUCAAUGCACAACUCUGUACUUCAAUAAUAAUGAAAUAACAAUAUGUACAUGUGUAUAGUACAUACUCGAGACACUGUGUUAAAUUCUAAUACUAUAAUAACUCUUAUUUCAAUUGAUACCUGACUAUAACUAUGUAUAACUAAACUAAAACUACCGCUAUUAACAAAUUUUCAAUCUAGUUGGUAAACGAAACAAACAUAAAUAAUGUACACACCCGACACCAACACCAAUAAACACAAACAUACACACACACACACACUAAAAAGCAAAUCUUUUUUUUAUUUUUCUUGAAUAUUUGUUUAACUGUUUUUAAGUAGUGAGCUUAAUGUGCCCAGUCAAUAGCAAUUAUACAAGUAUAACACCAAUAUACAACAAAUGAUUCAAAUAAAGGGUUUUGUGUUUUUAAUCCAAAAACAAAAUACUAUAAAUAGACAAAAAAAAAAGACUUUAAUAUGGAUGCGAUAUCGAAAAGAAGCUGGAUGGAAUCUUAUCUUAUCAAAAUCUUUAUUCAAAUAACAUUUGCUACUUUUAAUUUUAAUGAUUCAAAAUCUUUUAAUAAUUGAAUUGCCUAAUGAUCCUACCACAAUCAAAAGCCAACACUGCGUAUGUGUAAUAUGGAUUCCACUCGAAAUCACUCAAAUCCUCAAAACACAAACUGCUGUUUCGAUUCCAUUUGUUUCCUUGCUUUGCUGUUUAGGCAUUCAAUUCCCCUGCUCGUUCGCACACACAGCGAAAGUAUUAAAACAUGUUGUCGUUCCAGUCACACUAAUAAGGCAAGGCAAGCAAAACGAAACGAAAAGAAAACAAAGCAGAAAAACAUGUUUUGCUCUCGCACUUGCCGCAGUUGGCGGGUGAGUGAAGUUGUUGCAACAUGGAUCUAGACGCGGAGCAAUUAAUCUUUUUGAUUGAGUCAAGAAAACCCAUAUAUAAUUACAAAAGCAAGGAUCAUGCAAAUAAAGAAAUAACCGACAAGCUAUGGCGACAAAUCGCAAAGGAAAUGAAUUGUGAAGUAUCCGAUUGUAAAAGUAAAUGGACUGUUUUACGUAAUUCAUAUGCCAGAUAUUUGCGAGAUGAGCGACAUGGCUCGAGACUGAACUUGAGUGGAAAGCGAAAAAAGAAAUGGUAUUUGGCCGAUUCUAUGGCUUUCCUAAAGGACUAUGUGCAUCAACAGCAUCCCGUUGCCGCCUUGGAUAGCCAAGAUACAAGUAGCAUAAGUUCUGAAUCAAAAAUGCGCUCAUCCAGAACAUUCGCAGUGUCAACUAAAAAGAUCAAGACGGAAAUGGUUAAAUCAUCGAGUGAAUGCUUUAAGCCAAUGGCACAGGAGACAACAACGGAGUCUUCAAGUGGUUUGUUUUUCAAAAGUCUAUUGAUGGACUACGAUCAAUUAAGUAGUAGACAGCAACGUUCGUUCAGAUUGGCAAUGUUGACAAAAAUGAACGAGUUGCAAGAGGAGGCUGAGAAUGAAACUGAAGUUGAUUGGCAAGAUUGAAU